UUUUAAAAACUGUUAACACUGUUAACAGUGUUAACGGUGUUAACUAUAUUUGUGUUCUGUGAUACAUAGUAUUUACUGCUCACUUUUUUUAUUAAUUGUAUUUUAUUAUAAGGGAUAUGGAUUUUCCGGUUUAAUAUUUCAUUGUCAUGUUGUGCAACAUGCUGCAAAUCAGUUUGAUUCGAAUGUUCAUCAGCUUUACACAACAUUAAAGUACAAAUUUUCAAAGUAACAAUUUUAAGGUUAAAAUGGAAUGGUCACCUAAGCUUAAAGAUUUGGGCUAUAGCGAGUUUAAACUGUUGAAAAAUACAAAGCUUGAUGAGUUAAAAACUUAUACUUUGCAAGAUAUUCUAGAUAAUAGUGAAAAAUUUCCUAUUAAUUUUCCUGUUGAUGCCGUUAGACUUAAGAGUCUAAAAAAUAAGAAAAAUGUCACCAAAGAUUUUCUAACGAAAAGUAUAAAUUCAGUAUAUCCUUUUAUGCACGAAUCUGCGUUACAACUAUGUAUACAGUUUAUUGAACUGAAACAGAAUUAUGGGAGCUCUGUAGAGCAGAAGUUUUAUAAAAAUAUGCAGUUAAAAUCAUUUAUUAAUAGGCUGUUAAAAAAUAGGGCAGUUAUGUUCAUGGGCAAAGCUGAUUACUACAUUUUGCUUUCUGGAGAAAGGGGCGCUAGAAAAUGGGAGUUUUGUGGUACAGCAAGGGAAUUUCCACCACUAAUCCUAGAAAAUUGCUUAAGCUAUGAUGAGAUAAAGUUAUCCGCGCUCCUCUAUGUGAGCUCAUACACUCACUUUAUUAAUAAAGGUGAAAGGAAAAAUAGGGCAGUGUAUGCAGAUGAUAGGAGUUUAAUUCAGGAUGAUGGAAUUAUAAUGGGUAUGAUUGGACCCCGUCUAAAAAAAUUUUUUGUAAUGGAUUUUCAGGAGAUUGUUCUAACCCCUAAGCAGAACAUCGCAAAUGACGGUUGUGGUACCAACGAACCAUCAAUUCAAAAAUUAUUUUGUGAAUUUUAUCAAGAAUACUCUUACAAUUAUGAAACUGCUCAAGAAAGGAUGUCCAAAAAUACCUUCCCAGGCCGCUACGUAAAAUUACCGUUUCCAAAAGGAGCAAUUUUCGAUAACGAAAUAUAUAAAAAACGCCUUACAAUUGUUUUCGAUACGAUGCUAGUAGAAGCCAAUUAUAGAGCACAACAGUGUGGCAAAAUGGCCUAUCUUCACGUGGUUGGUUUGGGAUUAGGAGUGUGGAAGAUAUCAAGCCAUCAGGAGAAAAUAUACGUUAAUUGGUUUUACCAAAGACUUCAAAAUUUGUCUUCGAAGCUUCAAAACAUCAGUGAUGUAUGUUUCUCAUACUUUGGAGACUGUGCUGGGUUAGAAAAUGGCAGUUUGAUAAAAAUUGAUAGACACCCGCUAGGAGGAAUUUAUAUUCAUAUUUAUAGGAGGCAGCCUCACGAAAAAUUGGAUGAUCCUGAUAAACUUCUAGUAGUGUCCUAUGCAUGGGACGGUAACGCUUUACCCGGUAAUGAAUGGUGGGACAACAAAUUGGAUAAAAGUGGAGACUCGGCUGCAGCUUCAUCCACCCAAAUAACAGAGCUGCAUAACCCACACAUUAACCCUCUUGUUUGCGCUGACAAUCUAAGGAUAGUGACUUCAGAGGGACACAUAGAAACAUUCAAGUCAUUUAUUGAACAAAUGACUCGCAAAGAAUCAGAAGCUCCGGGGAAUUAAAUAAGAAAUUGAAGUCAUCUUGAAGUUAGCCAUUAUAUGUUAUGUUAUUAUUUAUGUUUCCUAAAUGUGUUUUAUUUUUAUACAUAUUAUAACAAUUAUAUAAAACAUA